AUGCUUAAACUGCUCAGGGGCGUGCGGCGCUUGAGCGCCCCGCGGCGUCACUACGGCAACGGGCGCAUCAUCGGAACGGAGCCGAACAGAAAUGACCCCUAUUACCAGGACAAUAAGGCGAGAAUGCAGGAGCUGGUGGGAGAGCUGCGCUCGAAAACGGACGACGCAAUCAAAGGCGGCCCCCUGGACGCGGUCAAAAGGCACACGGCGAGAGGGAAACUUCUCGUUAGGGACAGGAUAAACCGGUUGGUGGACGAGGGCAGCGACGUGCUGGAACUGAGCGCGCUCGCCGCGAACGGAAUGUACAAGGGCCAAGUGCCCAGCGCGGGAAUAGUCACCGCCAUCGGGAAGGUUCAUGGCCGCGACUGCAUGAUAGUGGCCAACGACGCGACCGUCAAGGGCGGCACUUACUUCCCCGUCACGGUGAAGAAGCAUUUGCGCGCGCAGGCGAUCGCCCAAGAAUGCCGCCUGCCGUGCAUCUACCUCGUCGACUCCGGUGGCGCGCAUCUGCCGGACCAGGCUGACGUGUUCCCCGACCGCGAGCACUUCGGCAGAAUCUUCUACAACCAGGCGAACAUGUCCGCCGAAGGAAUACCGCAAAUAUCGGUCGUGAUGGGUUCUUGCACUGCCGGCGGCGCCUAUAUCCCCAGUAUGUCUGACGAGAGCAUUAUAAUCAAGAACCAGGGCACGAUUUUCCUGGCCGGCCCGCCACUGGUUAAAGCCGCCACCGGUGAAUCCGUCUCCGCUGAGGACUUGGGAGGGGCCGAUCUCCAUUGCCGCCAAUCCGGCGUCACGGAUCAUUACGCGCUGGACGACGAGCACGCCUUACACCUUGCAAGGAAUGUGGUCGCAAAUUUUAAUUGGAACAACGAUCAGAAAACGAGAAUUCACACUCAAAAAGUCGAAGAACCGGUACACGAUAUAAACGACCUCCACGGCAUUGUCGGAGCAAAUAUUCAAAGGCCUUUCGACAUUAGGGAAGUCGUUGCGAGAGUUGUAGACGGCAGCAGGUUUCACGAAUUCAAGGAGUUGUAUGGCGAAACAUUGAUAUGCGGGUUCGCUACCGUUUACGGUCAUCCAAUUGGCGUGAUCGGAAAUAACGGUGUGCUGCAAUCAGAGGCGGCGUUGAAGGGCUCCCACUUUAUACAGCUCUGCGCCGCUCGGAAGAUACCGUUGCUGUUUCUCCAAAAUAUCACGGGGUUCAUGGUCGGCAGGGAGGCGGAGGCGGGAGGGAUAGCGAAGAAUGGCGCGAAAAUGGUGACGGCUGUCAGUUGCUUUAAAGGUCCCAAAAUCACAGUGAUCGUCGGCGGGAGCUUCGGCGCUGGUAAUUACGGAAUGUGCGGUCGUGCGUACUCGCCAAGCUUUCUGUACAUGUGGCCGAAUGCAAGAAUAUCCGUUAUGGGUGGACCGCAGGCUGCAACGGUGCUGUCUUUGGUCGCUAAAGAGAAAGCGCAGAGGGAAGGCAAGCAGUGGACAGAAGAAGACGAGAAGAAAGUUCGACGCCCUUUAGAGGAACAGUUCGAGAGAGAAGGGGUACCUUACUACAGCACGGCGAGGCUGUGGGAUGACGGUAUCAUAGCGCCAAGAGAUACUCGAAGAGUCAUUGGACUAAGUUUGUCGGCUGCUCUUAAUGCGCCAUUCAGAGACAGCAAAUUCGGUGUUUUCAGAAUG